CAAUGGGAACACCAACAAAAAAGCAUAAAUUUAUUUUCUACGAUUCAGAGGGAUCAAGGGUUGAAGGAAUCAUCUUCAAUGAUGACAUUCAUAGAAUGAGCCAGAUCUUGCAAGUUUAUAAAAAAUACAAAAUUUCCAAUGCUGAGGUCAGACCUAUACCGUCAAAAUUCCAGACAUCUGAGCUUACCGUUCAAUGGGUUAUUAGUAGCAGGACUGUUAUCGACGAAAUUGCUGAUGAUGAUGAAAUUAUGCCUGUUAAAUUCUGCUAUUCAAAGUUUACUGACUUAGUUCAAUACAUGGAUGACAAAACUAGAUCAGUAGACGUGCUGGGAGUUGUGAUCAGCGCGCUUGAGAGGAAAACAGUUAUCAAGAACUCAAGGCAAUCAGAUGUUCAGAAAUUUGUCCUGCUUAACGAAGAAUCACAGCCGGUGCUAUUGUCUCUGUGGGAUACUUUCCUGGGUAAUGAGGGACAGGAAAUUGUAUCUAAACUUCACAGCUAUCCUGUGAUCAUUGCUCGCAGAAUCAGAGUGAAUAACUAUAAUGGGGUCGCACUUGGUACUUGGUUUGAUUCAGCAAUUCUUGUUGAUCCACCUAUACAAGAAGCAAGGGAACUCAAAAACUGGGCAUUGAGGAACACUAAGUUGAUUAAGGAGAUUGUCGAAAAAAAGGACUAUAUUAAAUAUAAUCCACAGCUAUCCUUAAAAUCAGACCAGAAAACCACCUGGAUUUGCAACAUAACUUCAUCACAAAAGACUAUAUGGGUGAAGGCACAAUUCUCUUUUGAACACAUCUUCCAAAAGUAUUGGUACAUGAGCUGUAAAAAUUGUUGCCGAGCUACAGCAGCAGACUACCAAAUUGAGUUUACCUGUAACUCAUGCAAAGAGAGACACCCUGCAGUGCCUAGAUGCCGCUUUGAUGUUGAUUUAACCGAUGACACCGGUGUGAUACCAGCUUCAAUUUUUGGCGAAUUAGCAGAGCGCCUGCUCACGUUUAGUGCACUGGAAGCAAUGCAGCACUUUAAUGAGAAUGUUGAACUUCCCCUCGAAUUUGUCCACAAAGAGCUUAAAUCAAAGAUGUUUCUGCUUCACAUCAAACCUGUGUAAACACAGCUCGCAGAUGCAAGGCAGCGGUACACAAUUAUAUACUACUCUGAAAUUAAUGGUGAUGCCAAUUCUGCCCAGUUAACAAGUGAGACGAAAGAUGACUCUCCCUUUCCUGGCAAAGAAUCCGGCACUAUACAGCUCGCAACUCCAGAGGAGAAUAGUGUUCGUUCAAAGGUUUGUGUUCGCCUUUCUGAAAGGUUUGAUGGACCACAAAGCACUGAAGCAAAUGAGGAUGAAAAUGCAGAGUGCAGCUCUACCAAGAAGCAAAAAACCAACUGACUUGUUACUGUUGGGUCUUUUGUCCACCUAAUUCUUAGAUCAAUGGCGGAAGGUUCGUCUACCUAUGAAUUGACAACUACCAGCUCGAUCCCCUGUUGUUUUCUACUGAAAUGCAAUCACAGAGGAGAGAUUCUGCCUGCUGAAUUCAGGCUAUUGCUUACUCAGCACCAACGCAACGCAAUUAUUCUCAGGCAUGGAAUUUAUAAAUGGCCUGUUGUGGUUGGUGAACGUUCAUUUGAACAAGGCUGGGAUGAAUAUUGCCGUGACAACAUUACUAACAGACAUGAUAUAUUGCUUCUCCGUCAUACCGGCAAUCUCAUAUUUGAUGUCGUCCAUUUUUCCGAGCUGCAAAAACAGGUUUACCUGUCUUGGACAGUGCCAUUACCAAAUUUAUUCCAGGCCAAUACUAAUCAUGCACAAGAUUCUAUGAUAAUUUCGCAGUCAGUUGCUUCAUCAGCCAAGCCAGAUUUAACCCAAACUCUCACUGAUUCGGUUUCCUUCUACCAAACUUUUAAUACAGCAACACCAAACACAUUGAAAAUCCCAAGAUUCGUCGAUCACUUUGUUAAUGGACACAAAACUCCAACCCUUCUUAUUAGAACUGGAGAGAAACUUACACAGGUUGGUGUGAAAGGGAAAAAACUAAAAACAAAUUGGAGAAGCUUCGUUCUUCAGCAUCAGUUGCAGCACAAUGACAUCCUUGUCUUCAUUCCAGAAUCACCAACUACCUUCACAGUUUUAGUAUUUGAUGAUAAUGGAGUCGAGAAAGUCUUUCCA